UACCGCUUGUUGAAUCGUCAGUUGGUAUUAUCGAGUCGCUUCAGUAGUUUUAUCGUUACGUGCGGGUACGAGAUUACGAUAUCGUGGACGUAAUAAUAUUACGACUACGUAAUCCACAAAAUUCGAUCGGUUCGUGUGAAAAUUCGGCUUACGAGAUGUGAAUCGCUAUAGAUCGAGAAUUGUGUCGCGUCGGUGAUUUUAUAGGGGGCAAUUAUGAAAGCGAGCUCUAGACGAUCAUCGAUGAUCAACAUGGAUACCAGUUUGUCGACGUUUUCCGAAAGCUUCUAUAGGUUGUUUAAUAACCUAAACGAAGAUGCCGAAGAAUCGUUGGUAUCGUUACUGGAGGAAAAAGUCAUACCGAAGAGCGAAAAAGAAGAGAAAAUAUUCAAAGAAUCGUACAAAAGACCUAAAACAUUGAUGGUCGAUCGAACCUACGAAACACGUAGAUCAUUCCAUAGAAAACGAAAAGAUAAUUCGGAGGAUCAGUUUCUAAAAACGUACGAAUACUACGAAUCGCUUCAUUCGCCAGCUGUCGCUCGAAGACGUUCUUCAUCCAUCGCUGUUCCUCAGCCGACCAUCGAAGUAUCAAAUUUCCUACACGCUGAUAAACCUCCACGUUCCGUAUCACCUCGCCCCACCGGGGGCAGAAAAUGCGCCAUUACGACGGCCACUCCGCAGAGAAAUCGGACAGCUUCGAUGCCCACUGUUUCCAGGCAAAAGCCUAUGCUGAGCCAGACUAGACGGCAAGAUGAUCCGGAUGGAUAUUAUAGACUGCGAUCGUUUUCUAUUACGCCUAACGGAGUAUGCAAAAACCUAGGAGACUGCUUGAAAACCAAACGUUCGCGAUCUAGUUGUUCUGUGGAUUCAUCGCCCGCUCCUAUUACUCAAAGGUUGACGGGAACCAAUUCGCAAGAGAGCAAUAACGAAGUACCAACAUUCACAGUUGGAAUGUUAGGAGCUGCGAACGUUGGAAAAACAACACUUUCCUAUCAGUUUACCACCUCCGAAUAUAUAUGCGCUUACGAUACAUCUCUAGAUGACGAAUUCGGCCAAAAAACCGUUUGUAUAUCGUUAAACGGGCAAGAGGCGGAAUUCAAUAUAAUCGACAUUCCAGCAUCCGAGAUGUCGGUGGAAACAUUCUGUUACACGUUUAAUGUAGACGUAUUCGUGGUUGUUUAUUCGAUUAUCGACGCGCAAUCGUUCAAAACGGCCGAAGAUAUUUUAUUAUAUUUAUGGAAAAACGAUUACAUGGCCUCGAAAGGAGUGAUACUCGUGGGCAAUAAAGCAGAUCUCGAAAGAAGACGAGAGAUACCGGCUAGCACCGGGCGUAAAUUAGCGUUAAAUUUACGUUGUAAAUUUAUCGAAACUUCGAGCGGUUUGGAUCACAACGUGGACGAAUUACUAGUCGGCAUUUUCGCUCAAGUUCAAUUAAACCCGAAACGAAACAGAAUGCAGCAGAGAGGAGCCGUCGAAAAUGGAAAACAACUGUUCAAACAAAUCCUGAAAUUUGGCAAGAAGGCGAAAUCGUGCGAAAACUUAUUCGUCUUAUAAAUUACUUACUUUGUUUUACGCGUCGCCGUCGUCGCACACGUUACGUUGCUGAAAUCUGCGAGUCACGCCAGUUGUAACAUAUUUUUUUAUAAAAAAUUGUAUAAAGACUAUGUAAUCGUAUAUCGUAUCUGAAUCCCCAAUAUUAUAGGUCUCCUUUCAAGAUCGAAACAACCAUUUACCUAUAUUUUAUAAUUGUAACGAGAGUUUGACCUUUUUUUUUUUUACCUACUUUACAAGGUUUAAAGACUCUUCUUGUUGUGCAUAUUGAUACUGAAGUAUAAAUUAUUAUACGUA